CCUGUUCAAGCCCUGCAAUCUAAGAACAUUCAUCGAUUACACCUUAGCGCCAGUCAAAAGGUAUAUAAGGAGAUCUAUGCUUGCCCAUGGUCCCCUAGAAUAUUCCUGCUUUCCAAUAUCGUUGCUAUGACAAAUAAGUACGCGUCACGCAAGUUCAUCGACCUCAUUCAACGAGCUACAUCCAAGUGGGCCAAUUGGGAUCCACCAAGAAAGAUCGCGGUGGGCGAUUAUGGAACUAUCAUCAAUGAAACUGGAGAAUUCGAUUGGGAAGGAAACAUAUACAGUGCAGAUUUCCAGGAACAGCUUAAAUUGUCCAAGUACAAAUUCAACAUUGACUUUGCGGAUUCAGCACUGCUCCCCAACGAACAUGAAGGAGGGGACGAUCACUUCAUUGUCAAAUCGUGGAGUGCCACCACUAAGGAAGUCAACACCUCUACUGAUGUCGCCGCACCAGGUGUAGUGAAUGUUACCCUCAAAUUCGAUUUUCAGUUCGAUGGUAACAAACCAGCAGCUGUGUUGAUCAUGCACAAGCCAAGAUACAGUAGCCUUCCUCACGACGAGUGUAUCAUCAGGCUGCUCAAGUCCAUGCCUGGUGUCCUCAAAGGGAAGUACAUCGUCACUGAAGUGAUAUCUUGCGCAGCAUAUAUGAUGCAUCUGUCUGACAGAAAAGCAGAAAAGUUUUCUGUGACGCUCAAAGCCGAUGGGCCUGUUACACCAACUAUCAACGCUGGAGGAGCAGCCAGUUUUGCAUGGUCUUCAGAAUCUGCUUAUGGUCUUCCCGUCAAGGAUGCGACCCGACCGCAACAUAUAUUGCCGUUGUACAGGCUGAAACAGCCUCGUCCCAAGUUCUGGGAAUGGCCUUUUGGUCACCGUGGAGACGAGAAAGCUUAUGAUGCGAUUGACAGGUGGGAGGAUGUCGACCCAACUUGGAACCCUCUCGACGAUGAGGGCGAAGAGCACGAACUUUAUGAUGCAGAGAUGCAUGGUGACUUUGGCGUUUCAAUAAUGGCUAUCCUGAUGACGAUGACGAUGACUACUGAAUUAUGAUCAUUCACGAAUGGUAUUACUGCUGCACCGCUUGAGUUCAAGUGUCUGAAGGGCCAAACCAUGUCAUUUUUUAUGUAAACUAGCGACAUUAGUGAACAAGUAUCAACUCGAUUAUUCACACGUUGCAUGGACAAAGUAUCUUCUCUCCUCAAAUUUGAACGUCAGAC